CCGCGCCCUCCUACCCGCCUGCACGCGCUGCCGCCAGUGCGCGUCCCUCCACCCCACGGGCACCAUGCACCUCUCCCAGCUGCUGGCCUGCGUCCUGCUGCUCAUGCUACUCUCGCUCCGGCCCUCCGAGGCCAAGCCCGGGGCGGCGCCGAAGGUCCAGCGAACUCCGCAGGGGGAGGAGCUGGCCGUGUCCCAGGCUGAGGGCGGCGGUCAGAAGAAGCGCGACAAGACGCCCGGGGGUGGCGGCGCCAACCCCAAGGGCGACCAGUCGCGACUCUUCCGGGACCUACGAGUAGAAACUAAGGCUCGGGCGGCGUGGGCCCGCCAUCUGCAAGAGAACCCCAACGCGCGCAAAAACAAAGGCAUCAAGAAGGGCUCGAACAAGGGCUGCUUCGGCCUCAAGCUGGACCGGAUCGGCUCCACCAGCGGCCUGGGAUGUUAGUGCGGCGACCCCUGGCGGCGGUGAGUCCCACCAACCC